CCUCUAAAUCAACACGUCUUCAUUCAUUUCCAAUCAUGGCGGAAGAAGCAGCAGAAACAAUUUCGGCGACUAUAAACGCAACUUUAAACGAAACAGCUGGCAAUGUUACGGCUAGAAUUCCAGCAACUGCCGAGGGUAUGGCGCUGGCCUAUGGCAGCCUUGUCAUCAUGGCGAUAAUUCCGAUAUUUUUCGGCGCGUUUCGGUCAGUCAGAUUCCAGAAAGAACAGCGGGAGAAUGGAGAUACCCCAGAGAUUAUGUCGGACAAGGAUGCGGCCAUGUUCCCCAUCAUCGCCAGUGCUACUCUCUUUGGGAUCUACGUCGUGUUCCAGAUUUUUUCAAAGGAAUACAUCAACCUUCUUCUGACUGUUUAUUUCUUUUUCUUGGGAGUGCUUGCUAUAGCGCACAUCAUCAGUCCGGUAGUGAGGAAGGUGGUACCAGACUCCAUGCGUAACGACCCGUAUCAUCUUCUAUUCACCAGAGGAAAGGGCGAUAAACAAGAAGAAUUGAUGAACUAUGAGUUUGACAACAAAGAUUUGAUCUGUCUCGGUGUGGGGGCAAUAUUUGGUGUUUGGUAUCUCUUGAAAAAGCACUGGGUUGCCAACAACAUAUUUGGACUAGCGUUUGCUUUGAAUGGCGUGGAGUUCCUUCAGCUUAACACAAUCGUGACUGGGAUUAUACUAUUAGGUGGGCUCUUCAUCUACGAUAUCUUCUGGGUGUUUGCCACCAACGUCAUGGUAACGGUUGCCAAGUCGUUCGAGGCUCCCAUCAAAUUGGUCUUCCCACAAGACAUCCUAGAGAAGGGGCUAGAGGCAAACAACUUUGCGAUGCUGGGUCUGGGGGAUAUUGUCAUUCCAGGAAUCUUCAUUGCUCUCCUGCUUCGCUUUGAUGUCAGCCGGAGUAAAGGUUCCCGCACCUACUUCAAUUCUGGUUUAACAGCCUAUCUCCUAGGACUCGUGGCCACGAUAGCCGUCAUGCACUGCUUCAAGCACGCCCAACCUGCCCUUCUCUACCUUGUACCUGCCUGUAUUGGCUUGCCUCUCCUUGUAGCUCUCAUCAAAGGCGACAUCAAGGAUAUCUUCAAAUACGAGGACAAUCCCUCCCCAAAGGAAGAAGAGGUUUCAAAAGAGAAAGAGAGCAACAAAGGCACAGAGCCAAAGAAGGUUAAAUGAGCAGCUCUUAUCUCGGGGGAAAAAAACUACACAACGACAGAAUCCGGACGACACAGCGCCGGAUAAUCGUCCCGAGGACGUCCCUCUUCUUUGAUGUUAGCGGUUUUAGUCUUAUCUUCUCACCUUUAUUUUUAUCAUUCACAACUUCUGCAACCUGCAAUGAAGCAAACUAUAUGGGCUGUCUUGGUAAUUGGCGAAGUUCUUUUGUGCGCGCCCUUUUUUAAUGAUUUUUGUUAAAUUCAAUACUUCCUUUGAUUGAGAGAGUACAGCGAUGCUUUCGAGGUUGAAGAGGAUUUUUAUUGUUGUUAGUAACCAGUGACUUUUUAAAAUGACUGCAUGUACUCCCAAUGUCUUUAGAGGCUCGAUAACAAACAUAUCUUGUACUUCUCCUCCCCCUCUAUCUCUCUUUUCUCUUUCUCCUUAUAGUAAAUGUAUCAGCUAUCAAAUCAUAUUUGCAUUCCUCCUAAACAAAUUUGCUGUUGUUGAAAGUAUAACAUUGGUUUGUUGCUUUAAUGUUCCCAUAGCUUCCUGUUGAAAUUGGGAUAUAAGACAACAAGAAUUAGGGGAUGUCUUCACUGGGAUUGUUUUGUCUAAAGAGAAGAAAAGAAGAUGUAUCGAAGUCCCCCCGUCUCCCCCUCUUUCUUCCUCCUCUCUUUUUCCUUAAAGUAGAUGGAGAUAUCAAAGCAUAUUAGCAUUCUUCUUAAACAUAAUUACUGGUAAGAAAAAAAAGAGUUUUGAAUGUUAAGAUGUUUUCCCAAACAUACGACUAUGCAAAUUAAAAAUCUUCCUGUCCCUCAACAGUUUGAGUCUUUGAGAAGACAAGGCACCCUGAC